ACACCUAGAAGGCAUUGGUUAUCCCAUUUGAUGUCCACCCCAUUUCUCUCUCAUAAUACGCAAUACUUUAACUCUGUCACUCAAUUCUUAUACCACUGCACUCAAACAAAGAACGUUGGCGCCAUUAAGAAGUUUCAUGGUCAUCUACUAAGGACAGGCUUCCUCUUUAUCUCCCCUAACCUUCAGACCCAACUCAUAUUCACAUACAGAACAUGCCUUCACAAGAACAACCUUCAAACUUUAACAAACUUCUACAAAUGCCUCAAUCCCAAAAACCCAUUACCCUUUAAUUCAAUCAUUUCCUUGUUUUGUCAAAAUGGGUUGCCGUCUCUUGCUCUCCAGACCUUUUCUUUCAUGCAUUUCAAUGGUGUUCCCAUAGACUCCUACACUUUGUGUAGCUCUUUGACAGCUUCAUCUUAUACUCAAAAUGUUCUGUUUGGUAAACAACUGCAUUCCCUUGUGGGAAAAUCAGGGUGGUUGUCGAGUGUGUUUGUGGGCAGUGCUUUGAUAGAUUUAUAUGCAAAAUCAUCACUUGUUAAUUUUGCAGCAGCGGUGUUUGAUGAAAUUCCGGUUAAGAAUACCGUGUGCGCAAACGCACUUUUGUCGGGUUAUGCUGAAGCUAAGAUGUGUAUUGAUGGACUUGAACUUGUUCGGAAGAUGCAUGGAAUUAAUUUGAAGUAUGAUAAUUUCACGUUAUCAGCAGCUUUACAUGCAUGUGCUGGGCUAUCUGCAAUAGAAUUUGGUAGGCAGGUACAUGCAAAUGUAAUUCGUACAGUUCCUGAUUUGGGAUCUGAUAUGUUUCUGCAGAGUUUGUUAAUUGAAAUGUAUGGAAAGUGUGGACUGGUAGAGAAGGCUAGGCAAGUUUUUAGUAUGUCAGGAUUUGAACCAAAUGAUACAAAGAGGGAUGUAGUUUUAUGGAGUUCAAUGCUUGGUGUAUAUGGAAGAAAUGGGAGCUAUAUAGAAGUGAUUGGAUUAUUCAGAGAGAUGCUGAUGGAGCGGAUUAGACCAGAUGGGGUGGCUUUUGUGACCGUCAUCUCGGCCUGUGGUCACACAGGCCAACUGAAUCUUGGGAUUCAGUACUUUGAAUCCAUGGCUCGUGAUUUUGAAUUAUACCCCACCCCAGAGCAUUAUAGUUGCCUGGUUGAUUUGCUUUGUAGAGCAGGUGAAUUGGACAAGGCAUGGAAACUGAUGAAUGAGAUGCCAUAUACAGAGAAUGGCGGUUGCACAAUUGCCAUGUGGGGCACCUUGCUUAGUGCUUGCAAUGAGUGUGGAAAUGUUGACCUGGGCAAAUUGGCCGCCAGAAGAGCAUUGGAAUUGGAUCCUCAGAAUGCUGGGAUUUGUGUUUUACUGUCAAAUAUGUAUGCAAGGUUUGGUAUGUGGAAUGAGAUUGGGCAAUUGAGGGAAUUGAUGAAAGAAAGAGAGCUACAGAAAGAUGUUGGAUGUAGUUGGAUAGAAGUCACAAGUUGA